AUGGAGAGUCAGGGGAACUACAAGGAAGCCGGGCGGUUGUAUGAGCGCUCGCUUGCCAUCCGCGAGAAGGCAUUAGGGCCUGAGCAUCCUGCAUUCGCAACAACGCUCACCAACCAGGCCGGUUUGCUACGGAACCAGGGCAAGUAUGCCGAAGCGGAGCGGCGCUAUGUGCGGGCACAGACGAUACGAGAGAAGGUUCUGGGUCCGGAUCACCCGGAUGUGGCCCAGUCGCUCAACCACCGAGGGGGAUUGUUGGAGAUUCAGGGCAAGUUUUCGGAGGCCGAGCCACUUUAUGAACGGUCGCAGGCUAUACGAGAGAGUCUCCUGGGUCCGGAACACCCCGACGUCGCUCGGGUGCUCAAUAACCGGGGAUGGCUGUCCUACACGCUGGGCAAGUUCGCUGAGGCGGAGUUUCUGUACAAUAGAGCUAUCGAGAUCGGAGAAAAAUCGCUGGGACCUGGCCACCCCGAACUUGCUUGUUGGCUGAACAACCAGGGGGCACUGUUGACCGCGCAGGGCAAGUAUGAUGAAGCUGAGCUACGCUAUGUGCGGGCACAGACGAUACGAGAGGAGGUGCUGGGUCAGGAUCACCCCGAUGUGGCCAAUUCGCUUGACCACCGCGCUGGAUUUUUGGAGAUUCAGGGAAAGUUUGCCGAGGCCGAGUCACUUUAUGAGCGGUCACAUGCUAUCCGGGAGAAUCUGCUGGGUUCGGAGCACCCCGACGUGGCUCGAGUGCUCAACAACCGGGGGCGGCUGUGCUACACGCUGGGAAAGUUCGCGGAGGCGGAGUCUCUGUUCCUUCAAGCUCUCGCGAUAGGAGAAAAAACGCUGGGCUCUGGCCACCCCGAACUUGCUUCAUGGCUCGACAACCGGGGGAUGCUGUUGGAGAGUCAGGGAAAGUAUACUGAGGCCAUGAGACUAUAUGCAAGCGCACAGGCUCUGAGACAGGAGACCCUCGGUCUGGUGCACCCCGAUGUGGCCCAUUCGCUCAACAACCGGGCGAUCCUAUUGAAGAAAGCGGGAAAGUUUGCGGAGGCCGAUCGACUAUAUGCUCAGGCUAUUGCGAUCAUGGAGAAGACUCUGGGAUCAGACCACCCGAGUCUUGCCGUGUCGCUUAGCAACCGGGCGGAGUCGUUGAGAGCGCAGGGAAAGUACGACGAAGCUGAGCUACUAUUUGAGCGGGCUCAGACGAUACAGGAGAAUAUUUUCGGUCCUACGCACCUACAUUUGGCCGCUACACUGAACAACCGAGCGGGGUUGUUCAGCACGCAGGGAAAGUAUGGCGAGGCGCAGCCUUUUUUCGAAAUGGCGCUGGCCAUAAACAUGGCUGCACUGGGGCCGGACCACCCGAGCACGAUCACGUCUCGUGCAUGGAUGGCAGACUUGUACAUCAAUCAGGGGUUCCCCGACAAAGCUUCUCCUCUGUUGCAGGAGAUUGUCAACACCCGUGAGCGUGUUCAAGGACGUGAGCAUCCAGACGUCGCUGUGGCGCUCAGAAACCGGGCUAGGUUUUUGGAGAGUCAGACCGUUGUUGAACGUUCCUUCACCGUCCGCGAGAAAGUUGACGGGCCUGACGACCAUGAGAGGGCAAUAGGGCUAGACGAAAGAGCCCAGCUGUUGAGCAAGCAGGGCCAGUACACAGAAGCAGAUGCUCUGCACGUGCGGGCACUAGAAGUUCUGUGUGCAACCGUGGGCGAAGAACAUCCCGACUAUGCUUCAGCGCUCAGCAACAGGGCGUCGACGCUGGCGGACCAGGGCGACCUUGAUGAGGCCAAGCGUUUGUAUGAGCGUACCAAUAUCAUCCGCGAGAAAGUUCUAGGACCUGAUCACCGUGACGUUGCCCAAUCGCUCCACAAUUGGGCGUGGGUAUUGCGCAGGCAGGGCAAAUAUGAGGAAGCCGGACCUCUGUAUGAACGCGCCUUCGCCAUCGUCGAUAAGGCUCUGGGCCCUGAUCACCCUGACGUGGCCGCGGUACUCAACAGCAGGGUAGAGUUAGAGUUGUUGAGAGUGCAGGGUAAUCUUGGCGAGUUUGAUAUUCAGAGAGUGCUGCCGCCAAACCACCCACAGAAGGAGUCAUUGGUCAACAAUCUAGCGAGGCUGGUGUAUGGCCAGAUGAAAGGCAAAACCGAUGAGAGCUGGGUAACCAAGAUCUGAGGGGUACUUAUGUGGUCAUGGGAAGCAAAUAGACGGGCAGCGGUUCUGGAAGCGACUGCGGGUUGUAUUCGGUUGCGGCUGUUGGUCUGUGGGCGGACAAGAUCGGGGCAUCUUUCAUGACAUGGCAGGCGUUCACCAGUGACAAGAGGGCGAACCCCCGGGUACGGUCCGUGCUACAGAAGGUCUGCCAAAAACAGCUAUCCAUGUAGAAAAUGUGUGAUGCCGGCGAGCUUAUGUAGACACCUCUCUUUGUUUCUUCAUGAGAAACACGUGAACCGGCUUAAAAAUGAUGGGCGAAAGGCCGCAAGGCCUUCGGCGUGUUGACAGAUUUUACUCAAAUAGUCGAGCCAGCAAGAUGUGGAAGCAAGCGGUUGCUCACGAACAUGGUUGGUGGGACGGAAGGACGUGGCGCUAAUGGAGGUCGCGGCAGAUCUUCUAUGUAGGUUUAACUGCGGUCAGGGUUGUCAAUGCGGGGGAGAAUAGACAACUUUGAUUGCGUCGCUCCAGAUCCCUGGAACUUCACAACAGGACACUUUUCGCGGCCUGCUGCAUUAUUCACUCGAAUGGCAUAAGAAUCACAUGCUCAUGCUAGGCU